AUGCAACGCCAUGCCAAUUACACAGAGUGUUACCUGUUGCCGGUGUACCAAGCCACGUCGCGCGUUAGACCCGAAGAGGUGAGCAGUAUAUACGCGAAACUAAAACCGGCCGAGAUCCCAAUCACCAGUGUUAGCACAAAACGGCGGCCCAUCACCCGUCCCUCGGCCUGCACAGGAGCGGACAUCGCUAACGGUCCAAAGCGCGGGAUUUACACGGGCGCGCACGUGACCGUAUUACCACGGGUGCGUACGUGC